CCAUCGAACACAUGGCGAAUAUAUCGUAAGAAAGAAGGCACUCCAGGGAUCUUGGGGCUCGGUGUGGUGCUCAUCCAUUUCUGCAGACCAAGGAUCUUGUGGGUGCUCUGGAUCCACUUGGUCGCUUGGGUGGUGCCAGUUCGAUGCUGGUACUCCUUGUUGGAGAACGACACGAUCUUCUCGUUGGCACGCUGUGCCUUGGUCACCUUGACACCGUCUCGCUCCUGGAUGGUUGGUUGACCAGGUGCCCGAAUGACAGCGGUGAAGAUCGAUCCCACACCAGGGUCGAUCCCGAUCCAUGUGAUCCGAGAGUCGUCGAUGGGACCGACCCUGGCCUGGAUCUUCUUCUCGGGAGUGAGCUUGAGUGUCAUGUCGUCCUUGUCUGUGGUUUCUGGUUUGGCAUCAGGGUCCUUCUUCUCCAGGAUCUUGUAUCUGAGCGUGGUGAUUGAGCACCCGACCCCAUCGGUGGUGAUCUCGCAACCAAAGAGCUGCUUCCCCUCCUCCCUGGCACCAAAGAGCCUCGGAUCCAGCUUGAAGUUGGUCUGCCAAAAGGACUCUUGCUUUGUGGUGUCAUUGACCUUGGUCUUCAGGUCGUCCCACUUGAGACCAGUGCCAGUCUGGUAUCCAAGGAUCUCCCACAGUGCUUUGGUGUCGAGCUUGACAUACUUGGCUCGGGCAUCGCAGAGCGGGACCAAGGUGCACUGUGCUCGAGGGGCCUUGAGUCUCUUCUUGGUCUGGGCAAGCCGGUCGGUGAGGCGCUUGAUCCGCUUCGUGUUGACAGCGAUCUGCUUGCACACCUCCUCGUGCUGGGUCUGGAGAUCUUUGAGUCUGUCAGCCCCGAUGUGUCGCCCACGCUCUCCUUUCAGGCCAAUGGUUUCUCUCACGAGCCUGGGAAUGAUCAUCUUCUGAAAGACCACCAUGAAGAGGGCCUCCUUCAGGUGGGUCAGUCGAGAGACUUCACUGGCCAGAACUGGUACGACUUGAUACAGGUCCUGCUGGCUUUCGUACCGAAGCUCAUACAACUGGUCGGCAUGGUGGGCGAAGGAUUUUCUCAGAUCACCGAGGAGUGUCUUGGAGAGGGGGUUCUCCAUCAACUUUAUACAAUCGUCGACGUGUGUGUGCCGUUU